AAAAUGUCAUUAAAAUGCACGGUUGCUGCACAAAAACUCGUCCAAUAUGCCUAGUGUUGGAAUACGCCCCAGGUGGAAAUUUGCUUAAUCAUCUGAGGGCUCUUAAAAAGAAGUGUAAAGAUAGCGUAGUAGCCGCGCGUACAGAUGACGGACCGACAAAUUCCAAAGAGGAAAACUUCACUGAGCCAGGUGAAAUGCCAUCGGACGAAAAGAGCGUGACAAAAGAUGGAGGGUCGAAUGCAGAAAUCUCAAACAGAAUAAAAGAAGAAAUUCGAGCUUCUUUGGAUUCAAAAGAAUUAGAAUCGUUUUCACAUCAAAUUGCUGCCGGAAUGAAAUAUAUCUCGGACCACGGCAUCGUUCAUCGUGACUUGGCUGCAAGGAAUAUACUACUUGGCAAAGACAAAAUAUUGAAAAUAUCAGAUUUUGGUUUGUCACGUGAAGGAACAUACGUGCAAAAACCUGGCGGGAGAGUUCCUUACCGUUGGUUGGCAAUUGAAGCAAUACAAGAACGAAGUUAUUCUACCGCCAGUGACGUGUGGGCAUUUGGAAUUGUCUUGUGGGAAAUAUGUACAUUGGGAGACACACCGUAUUCGACAGUCUCGGACCGGGACCUUAAAGAUUUCUUACUCAGUGGAAAGAGAUUAGAGAAAGUGGAGAACUGCACGGAUAAUAUAUAUGAGAUAAUGUCAAAGUGCUGGAGUCAUCUACCGCAAGACAGACCAACAUUUGGAGAACUGUACGAUAAAUUGUGGGAACUACAGAAUAAAGGACGUAUAUAUGUCAACGUAGACAGUCUAGUGAAGCAGUCCACUGAAAAUGAACGUGAUGAAAAUUCUGAAGAAAUCGGAAAGGACAGUGACAGCUGCGAUGAAAGUGGUGAUGACGUUGAUUCGCCUAGAAACGAGACUCCAUUGAUAACUGGCUGAAAACAUUUGAUCAAAGUACAGAAUAAAGUACAAAAAAGAACAAGCCUGCCGCAUGCAACAUCGAGGAAUGAAAAUAGCAGUAGAUUACGCAUGAUGAAUUGAAUUUUUUAGAUUAGAGGGUAUUGUACUGGCUUUUUUAGAGGGUAUUGCACUGGUUUUAUAUCCUGCCAUCGCGAACAAUUUCCGUUUAAUUAAAUCCUGCACCCACCUCGUUUUAUUUCAAUUUCCACUUUUCAGGUUGUAGAAUAGAAUAUGGAAACUAUGUAACUAUGAGAUAUGUAAACUAAAAUACACUAUAGUCGUUAGACAAACACAUGUUCUUGUUCUUUCGCGCAUGCGCUAAAAGUACUUAACUAUAUGAACUAUAUGUGUUACUGAAAUGUUCAUAUAUCUUGAUACUGUUCAAAGUAUAGCUAAGAUUUAGGACAUAUU